UGACUAUUCAUGUAUUGUAUUUUCAUGCAAAUCUGGAGCAAUAAAACUAUAUGAAAAGAUGGUGGUUAAAUUCGAUGUUAUUUAAGAAGGAGUUCGAACACAGAUGUAGGCUAAGUAAAUCAACGAGCAGUCUUGGUCCUAUUGAAAAUGCCAGCGAAAGUAAAGAUCCGAAUAUAAAUGAUACGGAUAAAAACAUUCAGAGUUGGGGUGGUCAUGACAAUUACAGUAAUGUUGAUCUUUUUUUUGGCGUCAAAGACCUUCGGAAUUUAAUCUCUGAUGAUACUUUUUUAGUUAAAGAUAGUAAUGGGGACAUUUAUUCUUUAUAUUUUGAUAUUGAAAAUCAUAUUUUUGAGAUUGACAAUGAUCAUCCUGAACUAGAAAGUUCUUUUUAUCGGAAUUCUAGUUAUCUGAAUAAUGGAUCUAAGAGUAAGAAUCCCGAACACGAUCCUUACAUGAAUGAUACUCAGUAUACUUGGAAUAAUCACAUUAAUAGUUGCAUUGACAGUUAUCUUCAGUCUCAAAUCUGUAUUGAUAGUUACAUUGUAAGUGGUAGUGACAAUUCCAGUAAUAAUUACAUUUCUAGUUCCAUUUGUGGUGAAAGUGGAAAUAGUAGUAAAAACGAGGAUGCCAGAACGAGUGAUCCAAUUAUACGAGAAAGUUCUACUGAUCUGGAUGUAACUCAAAAAUACAGGCAUUUGUGGGUUCAAUGCGAAAAUUGUUAUGGAUUAAAUUAUAAGAAAUUUUUUAAAUCAAAAAUGAAUCUUUGUGAACAAUGUGGAUAUCAUUUGAAAAUGAGUAGUUCAGAUAGAAUCGAACUUUCGAUCGAUCCGGGUACUUGGGAGCCUAUGGAUGAAGACAUGGUCUCUCUGGAUCCCAUUGAAUUUCAUUCGGAGGAGGAGCCUUAUAAAAAUCGUAUCGAUUCUUAUCAAAGAAAGACAGGAUUAACCGAGGCUGUUCAAACAGGCAUAGGGCAACUAGACGGUAUUAACGUAGCAAUUGCGGUUAUGGAUUUUCAGUUUAUGGGGGGUAGUAUGGGAUCCGUCGUCGGGGAGAAAAUUACCCGUUUAAUUGAAUACGCUACUAAAGAAUUUCUACCUCUUAUUAUAGUGUGUGCUUCCGGAGGGGCACGCAUGCAAGAAGGAAGUUUGAGCUUGAUGCAAAUGGCUAAAAUAUCUUCUGCUUUAUAUGAUUAUCAAUCAAAUAAAAAGUUAUUCUAUGUACCAAUCCUUACAUCUCCUACUACCGGUGGGGUGACAGCUAGUUUUGGUAUGUUGGGGGAUAUCAUUAUUGCUGAACCCAAUGCCUACAUUGCCUUUGCGGGUAAAAGAGUAAUUGAACAAACACUGAAUAAAACAGUACCCGACGGUUCACAAGCGGCUGAGUAUUUAUUCCAGAAGGGCUUAUUCGAUCUAAUCGUACCACGUAAUCCUUUAAAAAGCGUUCUGAGCGAGUUAUUUCAACUCCACACUUUCUUUCCUUUGAAUCAAAAUUAAAACAUUAAGUUCAAUUUUUUUGAGCAAACAAGUAAUUAGUUUAUCGGAAUCCAAGUCAAAAUUAGACGAAUGGGGUUUUCUUUGUUGACAUAAGAUCUAAUUGUAUAAAGAAUCAAAAGUCACAGAAAAUCGAAAAUCCGCCCCCUUUUCUAUAUUCCUUUUUCUAUAUUCCUUAUUAUUGAUUUGAUCAAGAAGCCUCUAUUAACAAGAUAAAAGAUGAAAUUCUUAUAAUUAGGCAAAAAAAUAUCUUCUUCUCGUCAUAUAUAAUUAAACUCUAGAAAAUAUAGAAUUUUUUAUCUUUCUAUAUCUUACGAUAAUCCUAUUUUGACUAAGAAUCCCUACUGGAUGGGAUUCUAACAAACCCCUCAAUUCAAUAUAAAUAGAAUCUAAAUAAGUAGAAUCUAAUUCAUUUUUAUUCAUUUUUAAGAAACUUUUUGCUUAAUAAAUGAAAUUCGAAGACAAGAGCAAAAAAUGAAUAAAAUAAGAUAUCAUCCAUAUCCUUUCAAAUCCUUCAUGUAGAAAGUACAUUAUAUACUCACUUAGAUAGAUACUUAUAUCUAUAGAUAUUAAGUAAUAAUAAUUUCAAUUUAGAAUUAUCAAAUUAUAAUAAGUAAGAUAUCCUUAUAUAUAAUAAAAUAUAUAUUAUAUUAUAAAUUCUAAAUAAUAAUAACAGGUACAAAUAGUAAAUCGAGGUACCCAUUCUAUGACAACUCUUAACUUUCCCUCUGUUUUGGUCCCUUUAGUAGGCCUAGUAUUUCCGGCAAUCGCAAUGGCUUCUUUAUUUCUUCAUGUUCAAAAAAACAAGAUUGUUUAGAGCCGAUGGCACAAAAUCUCAUUUUUCAAUUGACGUUUGUAUCAUAACACAGAUAUCCAUUUAGCAAAAUAUGGUAUAAGCGGCUUCCGCCGAAAAAUUCUUAUGUCUCCAGAAAAUGCUAUGUUCUAGCUAUUUUCAAAUAGAACCGAAUCGGCGGAUGGCUGAACUGUAACGUUGGUCUAUCUAUAUGUAUGUGGCUAUCUUUAGUGAGAUAAUACGAAGGGUAUGUUAUUAGUUUAGAUCUAACCAAUUUAAUGAAUUACUCCUAAAGGUUCACAUCAAACUAGUGCUAGUUGAUGCGAGUUACUUCGGAAACAAACGGACUAAAGUCAAAUUCAUUUGGGGUAUUCUCUCAAUUCCAAAAAAGCAACGGGAUCAAGUAUGAGUUGUCGAUCAGAACAUAUAUGGAUAGAACCUAUAAAGGGGGCUCGAAAAACAAGUAAUUUCUGCUGGGCUAUUAUCCUUUUUUUAGGUUCAUUAGGAUUCUUGUUGGUUGGAACCUCGAGUUAUCUUGGUAGAAAUUUGAUAUCUUUAUUUCCGUCUCAGGAAAUCGUUUUUUUUCCACAAGGAAUUGUGAUGUCUUUCUAUGGGAUCGCGGGUCUUUUUAUUAGCUCCUAUUUGUGGUGCACAAUUUCGUGGAAUGUAGGUAGUGGUUAUGAUCGAUUUGAUAUAAAAGACGGAAUAGUGUGUAUCUUUCGUUGGGGAUUUCCUGGAAAAAAUCGUCGGGUCUUUCUCCGAUUUCUUAUAAAAGAUAUUCAAUCCGUCAGAAUAGAAGUUAAAGAGGGUAUUUAUGCUCGGCGUGUCCUUUAUAUGGAUAUCAGAGGCCAGGGAGCCAUUCCAUUGACUCGUACUGAUGAGAAUUUUACUCCGCGGGAAAUGGAACAAAAAGCUGCUGAAUUGGCCUAUUUCUUGCGUGUACCAAUUGAAGUAUUUUAAGAAAUGAGCCGAUAAAUGAAUGCUUUCAGCAGGAGGGCAAAAACGCAAGAAUCCUCUUUUUCUAGAACAUAACUUAAUUGAGGUUUCUUCAGAACAUUCAUUCGAGUCAAAGCAGACAUAUAUGGAACAAGUAUAAAAAAACUCUUUUGGGGAUCUUUUAUAUGUAUCGAAAUAUCCACAACUCAAUAAAAAAAUAAUAAUAAACAAAUCGAAAUAUCUCAUAAUCAACCAUUUCGAAAUAAGGAAUCCCCCCUUUUUCAUUGUUGGAAUUGAGACUUUAGAUUCAGAUAGAGUAUAUCUUGUCAUUUUUUCGACGCUUCUUUUUGUGCUCCUUAAUGACCAAAAAAUUGGAUCUCUUAUAAUGAUAACUAGCCAAUUUCUGUCGUUUUUUGCCACUCAUUUUUCACAAUAUUUUUCAGAAAAUUCCCUCAAUUAUUCUAUCCCUGACUAUUCAUAGUAAGUUAAAAUUUUUCGAAAUAUUAGAGAGUUUUAUAUAAUGAUAGAAAAGGAGUUCUUUCGUAUCAAAACUGAAUAAUAUUCAUAUUCAUUAUUUAAAGUGGUUUUCGGGGCAUUCAUCGAAAGGAGAUAUGUGCUUCAAAUUUGACUAUAGGGAAACAAUAUUUUUUGAUUAUUUAUUCAUUCGAAUUUUUCGUCUAUUUUUGUAUUUUUUCUAGAUUCAAGGCCUAAUUCAAGGCCUAACUACGAAAUCACAAAUAAAAAAUAGUGAAUAGAUUCAUAGGUUCGAUAACUUGUAAUAGAAUUGAUGCGUGAGAGAAAUAAGAAAUAUUAGAUUACAUAGAGUUGACGAAUGAGAUGGGUUCAUUAACAAUUCACAGAUGAAAAAAUGGCAAAAAAGAAAGCAUUCACUCCUCUUUUAUAUCUUGUAUCUAUCGUAUUUUUGCCCUGGUGGAUUUCUCUCUUAUUUCAAAAAAGUCUGGAAUCGUGGGUUACUAAUUGGUGGAAUACUAGGCAAUCCGAAACUUUUUUGAAUGAUAUUGAAGAAAAGAGUAUUCUAGAAAAAUUCAUAGAAUUAGAGGAACUCCUCUUCUUAGAGGAAAUGAUCAAGGAAUACUCGGAGACACAUCUACAAAACCUUCGUAUAGGAAUUCACAAAGAAACAAUCCAAUUAAUCAAGAUACAAAACGAGGGUCGUAUUCAUACGAUUUUGCACUUCUCGACAAAUAUAAUCUGUUUCAUUAUUCUAAGUGGUUAUUCUAUUUUGGGUAAUAAAGAACUUGUUAUUCUUAACUCUUGGGCCCAGGAAUUCCUAUAUAACUUAAGUGACACAAUAAAAGCUUUUUCUCUUCUUUUAUUAACUGAUUUAUGUAUCGGAUUUCAUUCGCCCCAUGGUUGGGAAUUGAUGAUUGGCUUUGUCUACAAGGAUUUUGGAUUUGUUCAUAAUGAUCAAAUUAUAUCUGGCCUUGUUUCCACUUUUCCAGUCAUUCUAGAUACAAUUUUAAAAUAUUGGAUUUUCCGUUAUUUAAAUCGUGUAUCUCCGUCACUUGUAGUGAUUUAUCAUUCAAUGAAUGACUGAAAAAUGUCUACCUAAUCCAAUUAUAAUGUUUCUUACUUUGCAGUUGUACCAUUGAAAAUCCCUUUCUAUUUCUACCCAUCCCGGAGAUUCAUCCUAUAUUCCUAUAGAUUAAUCGAGUCAAAUUAUUCCAGUAAAUAACAGAAUCGUGGAUAGGAAACUCCAUUAGUGACCUACCCCAAUUUAUUGUAGAAAUUUUCGGGAUCAAUGAUUGGACCAUGCAAACUAGAAAUACUUUUUCUUGGAUAAAGGAACAGAUUACUCGAUCUAUUUCCGCAUCGCUCAUGAUAUAUAUAAUAACUCGUACAUCCAUUUCAAAUGCAUAUCCCAUUUUUGCACAGCAGGGUUAUGAAAAUCCACGAGAAGCGACUGGGCGUAUUGUAUGCGCCAAUUGCCAUUUAGCUAAUAAACCAGUGGAUAUUGAGGUUCCGCAAGCGGUACUUCCCGAUACUGUAUUUGAAGCAGUUGUUCGAAUUCCUUAUGAUACGCAACUGAAACAAGUUCUUGCUAAUGGUAAAAAGGGAGGUUUGAAUGUGGGGGCUGUUCUUAUUUUACCAGAGGGUUUUGAAUUAGCCCCUCCCGAUCGUAUUUCCCCCGAGAUAAAAGAAAAGAUGGGUAAUUUGUCUUUUCAGAGCUAUCGCCCCAAUCAAAAAAAUAUUCUUGUCAUAGGCCCUGUUCCUGGUCAGAAAUAUAGUGAAAUCACCUUUCCUAUUCUUUCCCCGGACCCCGCUACUAAGAAAGACAUUCACUUCUUAAAAUAUCCUAUAUACGUAGGUGGAAACAGGGGAAGGGGCCAGAUUUAUCCUGACGGGAGCAAAAGUAACAAUACAGUUUAUAAUGCUACAGCAUCAGGUAUAGUAAGCAAAAUCCUACGAAAAGAAAAGGGGGGAUACGAAAUAACCAUAGCGGAUGCGUCGGAUGGACGUCAAGUGGUUGAUAUUAUCCCUCCGGGGCCAGAACUUCUUGUUUCAGAAGGCGAAUCUAUCAAAUUGGAUCAACCGUUGACAAGUAAUCCUAAUGUAGGCGGAUUUGGUCAGGGAGAUGCAGAAAUAGUACUUCAAGAUCCAUUACGUGUACAAGGCCUUUUGUUCUUCUUCGCAGCUGUUAUUUUGGCACAAAUAUUUUUGGUUCUUAAAAAGAAACAGUUCGAGAAAGUUCAAUUGUCCGAAAUGAAUUUCUAAACUCGCGAAUUUAUCGACAUCAAGUUUGUAAAAAGAACCAAAUUCUUUUUAGUAAUUAUGAUAUAAAAAAUGAAAUUAUAAAAGCCUUUUUUGUUUAUACUCGUUUUCUACGAGAUGCCGGUGAUUUCUUGUACCAUAUUUCUAGCCAUAGUAUGUAGAUUGUGAAGAAGACUAUUUGACUUGACCCCUUCUUUCUUUGUCUUUUUUUUUUUUUUUUUUUUUAUCAAAAUUGGGGUGAUGUUAUUAUAUUACUAUUGUGAGAUUGAAAUGUCAUAAAAUGCAUUUGAUUCUAAUACAAUUCACUUUGGCUAGAUCCUAUCCAAAAGUAAAUGCGAAAUAGAACGGAUCAAUAUAAAUGAAGGGAGCACGUAUUUCUGGGAGGGGUUAUUUGUCUUCCUAGUCUUCGACACAAGAAAAGGAUUUUUCACACCCUUUUCUUGUGUCGAAAUAAUUAUGAUUCUUUAUACUGUUCGUCAAACAUUCCUAGUGUUAGUUUUGAUUUUUUACAGACGUAUCAGAACGUUUUUUAGAGUUAUUACAUAUUUUAUUUCUUAUUUUAUUAUCUUAUAAGAAUUAAUAAUUACGUAUACUAUAAAUAGAAAAAAUAUAAAAAUGGUGGACAAACAAAAGAGGAGGGGAAUAUUUGUUGAGUAAAUAGAUUCAAUGAACUUAUAAAAAAAUAUUCUAGUUAUUAAGAACUCAACGGGACCUUCUCCCUCAAAUCAGACAAACAAAGAAGGGAAUCCGUUGAGUUCUUACGCUUUCAUGUAUACAACUCAAUUCAUCCGAUUACUACAGGGAUGAACCCAAUCCGGAAUAUGAACCAUAAAAGAAAACGCCUACUAAACCGAUCACAAGAAUACCAGCUACAGUACCUAUUAUCCAAAGAGGAAUUCUUCCAGUAGUAUCGGCCAUUUACGCCACUUCCCUCCACAUUUCAUCAAGUGGUCAUGCUAGAGACAUAAACAGUCAUGGAUAAUUAUGAGAUGAGAUCCUUCCGAAUGGGCUAAGAGAGAUAAUACCUAGAAUGAUUAGUCUAUUAUUUUAGUUCUCUCUCGUUUUCUUAAUUGAAGAAAUAAUUGGAAAAUAAAACGGCAAGUACAAAAAUGAGUAAUAACCCCCAGUAGAGGCUGGUACGAUUCAAUUCAACAUUUUGUUCGUUUGGGUUUGAUUGUGUCGUAGCUCUAUAAUUCGGAUUUGGUUUAUCGUUGUAUGAACUGCAUUGCUGAUAUUGACCCCAAAAAAGAAACGGUAGGUACAGCUAGGCCGUGAACAGCCAACCAUCGCACUGUAAAAAUUGGAUAGGUUCGAUCUAUGGUCAUUGAGGCCUCCUAAAAAGAUCUACUAAAUUCAUCGAGUUGUUCCAAAGAAUCAAAACGGCCGGUGAUUAAUGGAAUUCCUUGUCGGUUCUCUGUGAAAUACUCGUUUGGCCGAGGGCUUCCAAACACAUCGUAAGCUAAACCAGUGCUGACGAAUAACCAACCCGCAAUGAAUAGGGAAGGUAUAGUAAUGCUAUGAAUGACCCAGUAGCGAAUACUGGUAAUAAUAUCAGCAAAAGAACGUUCUCCUGUGCUUCCAGACAUGCUGAGCUCCACAUAUUCUUGUACAGUCAAAAGGGGAUCGAUUCCGUAAAAGAUUGGAUCAGUAAAUGUAAAUUCACUGAAAAAAAAAUCUUUGUGAGAUCGUCAAUAUUGUACCGAGGGCGUCUUUAGAGUAUACCGAAUCAGUAUAGCUAUCCUUCUUCUGACACAGCAAUGCACUUUCGAUCAGUAUUGGAAAGAGGCGCUAAAUCAUUUCUUUCUUCCUUUACUUGUUGUUUGUCGAUGUAAAAUAAUGUCCCAUUCAAUAGAAAAUUAUUGAAGUGAAAAUAAUCAAUUUCUCGCCAUUAUGCGUUUAGGGCGAUAAACUAAGGAUCAGGUAAAAUGUGAAUCUGAUAAGUUAGUUUCUAAUAAUUCAUGAAAUUGAUUAGAAUAUCGCCGCAAUUGUAAGUAGAUUUUAGAUCUAUCAAUCUUUGUUAUUCAUAGUUGUAUAAGCGCUUUUUAUUGGAAUCUUUUUUUAUCUUUUAAGGAAUUGGUUAGUCGUCCAGUAACAAGUAAGAAUAGGAAAUUUUAUUCGAUAAAUGAAAAAGAACAACGAAUGAAAUAAUUGGAAUCACUAAUGCAUGCAUUGUUGUAUUAGAUCGAAACAUGAAGGUUCUUUCUUGACCUAACUAUAAAGAGACGGAUUUCAAAUAUGGAAAGAUACAAAAUAGAACUUCUAAAGCAAAAGAUAAUAGAAAUGACUAGUCUUAGAAUAUAGUUGAACCAAAACACCUAUUUUUCUUUCGAGUGAUCGUGUGAUAACUUUUUGUUCUCAUUCAUUCAAGAUAUUAUAUGAGUGAACCUAUUACGGAAUCUAAUUAGUUAAAAUGAAAGUAAAAGUUUUAUAAGAUUACCGUUCGCUCUAAAAUAGAUUCGAAAAAAAAAAAAAAAAAAAAAA